UUUGCAAUUCUCAGUUUAAACCAUUACAGUUUGCUAAAUGAACAAGCCUUUACAGAGUCAACUCAGAAAGCUUGCCCGGACGGAGAGUACCCGACUCGUUGCCCGCUUGCCAUGGAAGACGACCCAGCCUGCAACGCCGACGCAAGGCACACUUGCCUCAAGCUCGAGCUCCCUUCUGCUUCAGGAAGAAGCAAAGACUCGAUCUUUAUACGCGGGACUUGGUUCCCCUCCCACUUCCGCCUCUCCAUCACCGAUGGCCUCAAUGUCUGGACUUGCGAGGGGUCGGAUGCGGAGGUGAGGCAAAGAGCAGAGCAGUGGGACCAAUCAGUCUCGGAGUACGUUGCGCUCGCCGAACGGUACCUAGGGUUUCAGCAGCCGGAUUCUAAAUAUGGUUUCGAAGAUGCGGACAAAGGGCAAAUGAGGCUUUCGUGGACAUUUGAAAAGCAGGGUACGAAGCUUGAGUGGCGCUGGAAAUGUCAACCAUCUUCCGAUAGCAAGCAGAAUAUUGUUGAAAUUCUGGAUUUUCUAUUGGAUGCAAAUAUACGUCUCAGUGAAGAAGUUGUAAGAAAAACCCAGUCUUUUGAAAAAUUAAAGGUAGAAGCUGAAAGAUGCUUAUCGCAAAGUCAGGCUUUUAGUAAUGAAAAAGCCGAGUUUGAAUCUGCUGCCUAUGCUAAGUUUGUUGAUGUCUUGAAUUCCAAGAAAGCCAAGUUAAGAGAGCUCAGAGACCGUCUAUCAAAGAUAAAUGGUAAAGCACCCGAGGACGAUGAAUCCUCUGACAAAACUGAUAGAUUUGAUGGUGGAAGUGAUGAUGAGAAUGCAAUAGAAAUUUUUAGAGAUCCUGGCAGUGAUUCACCUGAUGCUUCAGAGGGUGUUGGUGCUUCUACUUGGAAGGGGCGACAAAGAACAUGAUAGGAGUUUUUAAUGAAUAAUAUCAAAUUGAAAACAUUUAACUUGACAAAAACCUUGUAAGAUGUAAUAUAAUUUAGUUUUCUUUUUAUAAAGUAGAAUAUAACGGCUUCUUUCAGUUUCAAAUCAUUGGAAAACUUUUUUGUUUUGGUGAAUUGGUUGCUUGAUUGUAA